AUGGCGUGUGUACCUGUGAUAUUAGAAGACACAUUUACUGUCACCGCCCUCAAUCCAGAUGGCGUUGUCUACCUUAGGGUGUCACGAAUUCAGUGCAAGAAUGAGCGUGGAAAUCUCACAAUAACAUCUGAUAUUAACACAGAAGAGUUUCCGGUAAGUAUUGGUGAUCGUUUGACCAUUAUGUUGGCUAAUUCCAUUGAAUUAUCUGGACAAUCGGGUACGAAGUACUACGAUCAAAGUGUAUAUCAUCGGGAGACACGAUUACAAGAUUGUGACUACGCUAUGCAUGGUCGCGUUUAUGGCCAUGAAGUGGAUGAAAGUAGUUUGGAGGUUAAAGUACACAUCAGUUGUGGCGGAUUGUUGACGCAGGUUAUUGGAAGUCCUCAAAGUCUGCGGGACAUCCACUAUAAUAGUGAUGUCUACAUUUUGAUUAAACGUGCAGGGAAAUAA